AUGUUGCCAAAUUCUAAGUAUGCUAUUUCACUAUUACAGAAGGAUGCUUAUGAUUGGUGGGUAAGUGUUCCAAAUGCCAAGGUAAAACCUCAUGUUCUUACUUGGGAUGAUUUUCUUAGGGAAUUUCGUAUGAAGUAUGUUCCACCUGCUUAUUGUGAUGCAAAGAGAAAGGAGUUCUUGAAUUUAAGGCAACGAGGCAUGUCUAUUGCUGAGUACCAACAGAAGUUUCUAAGGCUCUCUCGUUAUGCUGGGGGUAUUAUUAAAGAGGAAAAAGACAAGUGCAGGAAAUUUGAAGACGGUUUUAAUGAUUCCAUUAGGAAAAAUGUGGCAAUCCUGCAACAUGAGAACUUUUGUAAGGGGCCAUCAAAAAGGGGAAGGUUUGAUAACUCUAAGGCUAGUAGUGAUAACAGGCCAUCGCAACAAAAGCAAAGCAGAUUAGAUUUUUCUACAGCUAGCACGCCAAAUUAUGGCCAAGGUAAGCCUCGCGUUCCCACUUGUCCGCAAUGUGGAAAGAAUCACCAUGGUACUUGCAGGAGAGCUUCUGGUGCAUUUUUCAAUUGUGGGAGCUUUGAUCAUAAAGUGAAGGAUUGUCCUAAUCCUAAUAAUGCUCCUUCCUUGAGAACUGAAGGCUCAGUUCAUAUGCCUUCUAUUAAUCCUCCUCAAACUAAUAGAGGUGGAAGACCUAAAAACACCCAAGUAGCAGGUACAAGUGGAGCUAAUCAAGCUAGUGGACAAAGGGCUACUGCACGUGCUUAUGCUACGAGGCAGAGGGAUGAUCAAGAUGGACAAGACGUGGUUGUUGUGUGUAAUCGAAUUUAUCGUGAUUGCCCCUUCAUGAUUCAAAGCCUAGUCUUCUCUGCUGAUGUGAUUGAAAUGCCCUUCAAGGAUUUUGAUGUUAUUAUCGGGAUGGAUUGGCCUCAUAAAUAUCAUCCAGUGGUAGAUUGUAGAUCAAAGCAUGUGACCUUUAAAAAUCUGACAUUUUCACAUAUCAUUGUACAAGGUGAAAGAUCAUUAACAGCUAGUAUUAUUUCUGUGACCUUGGCAAAAAAAUUGAUGCGUCAAGGUUGUGGGGCAUACCUUGCUCACAUAGUUGAUACACGGUUGGAGAGUCCUUGUAUCAAGGACAUACAUGUCGUAUGUGAUUUUCUAGAAGUCUUCCUAGAAAACCUUCCUGGAUUACCCCCGGAAAGAGAGGUUGAAUUUCCAAUCGAUCUUAUUCCUGGAUCUACCCCUAUUUCUAUCACUCCUUAUAGAAUGGAUCCAGCAAAAUUAAGAGAAUUGAAAGCUCAAUUGCAAGAACUUCUUGAGAAAGGCUUUAUUCGACCUAGUGUUUCUCCUUGGGGAGCCCCUGUUUUGUUCGUCAAGAAGAAAGAUGGACAUGUUAUAUCAGCCGAAGGCGUGAAGGUGGAUCCUAGUAAGAUACAAGCAGUUAUUGAAUGGAGACCUCCCAAGAGUCCAACCGAGGAAGUAAAGUUUGUUUGGGAUGACAAAUGCCAGGAGAGCUUUGAAACUCUCAAAUCCUUGUUGACUCAAGUGCCUAUACUUACUUUGCCAAUUGAAGGGAAAGAAUAUGUAGUAUACAACGAUGCUUCUCACAAUGGUCUCGGAUGCGUUUUGAUGCAAGAAGGGAAGGUUAUUUCUUAUGCCUCUCGGAUAUUAAAAUCACAUGAAUUAAAUUAUCCUAUCCAUUAUCUUGAACUUGCUGGUGUAGUGUUUGCUUUGAAAAUAUGGUGGCAUUAUUUGUAUGGAGAGAAAUGUCAUAUAUUUACUGAUCACAAAAGCUUAAAGUACUUGGGUAAAGCCAAUGUGGUUGCCAAUGCCUUAAGUCGAAAAUCCUUCGCAAGCAUUUCCUUGAGUCGUUUACCCUUGCUUCUUGAAUUAAGAGCCAUGAAUGUUUGUUUUACACCUGAUUCAAAUGGUUCAGUUAUUACUAAUUUGCAAGUAAAGCCAAUAUUACAUGAACAGGUGAAGGAAGCACAAAAGAUAGAUGAGACACUUGUAAAAUUGACCAGAGAAGUACAAAAUAGGGAAAAGCUUGAUUUUACAUUAAUAGAGAAUGGUGUCUUAUUUUACCAGAACAAGUUAUGCAUCCCUAAUGAUGACAACUUGAGGAAAAAAAUAUUGGAUGAAGCACAUACUUCACCAUAUGCAAUGCAUCCUGGAGGUACAAAGAUGUAUCUGACCAUCAAAGAACAUUACUGGUGGAAUGGUAUGAAGAGAGACAUUGUAGAGUUCAUUUCUAAAUGUUUGGUUUGUCAACAAGUAAAGGUAGAACAUCAGGUCCCAGUUGGUUUACUACAACCCUUGUCGAUGCCGGAAUGGAAAUAG